AUGGAUUCAGACGACUCCAUGAAUCCAUAUCGUCACUCUUCUGGCUUCUUGGAUCUAUUACAAAGUCAACAAGAAACUCACAACCCAGCUUGUCUGAAUACUGAAGGUCGGCCAAAGAGAGAGGCGAGUAAUUUUAAGCAGAGGUGGGGGAAGUUAAACAAUAUAGUGUGCAAGUUUGUUGGAUGCUAUGAGGCUGGGACAAGGGAGAAAUCUAGUGGCCAGAAUGAAGAUAAUAUUAUGAAGCUAGCAAACCAGAUAUUCUUCAAUGAUCACAAGAUGAAGUUCACCAUGGAGCAUGCUUGGCGAGAGCUUAGAUAUGAUCAGAAAUGGUGUGCGUCCACAUCUACUAAAGGGACUGGAGUUAAAAGGGUCAUGGUGUGUGGGGAUGGUUCUGCACAGGAUGCACAACCUGUGAUUGAUGUUGAGCAUGAACCAAUGCCCCGUCCUCCUGGUGUUAAGGCUGCAAAGGGAAAGGCAAAAAAGAGCUCUAACACUAAAGCGGCUGUGGAGGGAGAUGAGAAAGCUUUCUUGGAGUUUCAGAUGAAAGAGGUUGAGAGGAUGUAUAGGAUGAAGCAAAAGGAUUUUGCUUUGAAAGAGAAGGAGUUUUCUUUGAAAAAGGAGCAUAGUAAGCAUGUGAUGCUUGAAAAUCUAAUUGCUAAAAAUGAUUCACUUACUGAAACGGAAAAAGCUCUUAAGGACAAAGCUAACUGA